GCGGGACCGAGGGCAGAGCAUCGUUCUCCACGAAAGUGAUCGAUUCGCACCUGCACGUGUGGGCUUCUCCUGCGGAGGCUGAAGAGAAAUAUCCCUACUUUCCUGGGCAAGAACCGACUUUACCGGGAGAUGUUGAUUUUCUUCUCCAGGUAUGUCUUAUGGUGGUUAAGAAUGUGACAUUCUUGAGAUAAAAGGCGGAGCAGACCCAAUUUGAGAGCUGAUUUAUGCAGAUUUUGGUGUACUUUUACUCUAUUCAUCUUAAAUUAGUUGAGCCAAAGACGAGAACAAAUGUAACUGGAAGUGUCUUCUUACUCGGGAAAUAUGCAUCUAUUUUCCUUUCUUUAGGUAUUUUUUGUGUUAUGGGCAUCAAAAAAUGAAUAUGCGUGAAGGGUUCUUGUUAUUGGGUCAAGAUUAUUGUCACAGAGAAGUAGGGCUAAUCUGGUUAACGUGAAAUGUUUAGACAUAGUGUUAAUUUGUUCAAAGAUGGAUGAGUACAGAAGCAUCUGCCAUCUGCAGAUAAGAUAAUGAACCAAGUGGAUGCACGAAAAGUGUAUGGAUGAAGCAGGCGUAGAUGGUGCUCUCAUUGUGCAACCUAUUAAUCACAAGUUCGACCACUCUUUAGUGACGAGCAUCUUAAAAAAGUAUCCAACUAAAUUUGCUGGUUGUUGCCUUGCCAAUGCUGCAGAAGAUGGAAGUGGGAUUGAGAAGUUGGAGCAGCUUGUUUUGAAGGAUGGUUUUAGAGCUGUUCGUUUCAACCCAUAUCUGUGGCCUUCCGGUCAAAAGAUGACCAAUGAAGUUGGAAAGGCAUUGUUCUCUAAAGCGGGAGAGCUUGGGGUACCUGUGGGCUUCAUGUGCAUGAAAGGCCUCAAUCUCCAUAUUUCAGAAAUCGAGGAGCUGUGCAAAGAAUUUCCUUCGACAGUGGUUUUGCUUGAUCAUUUAGCUUUCUGCAAGCCACCACUAAACGAUGAGGAUAGUCGCACCUUCUCUGAGCUUCUAAGAUUGUCCAGAUACCCUCAGGUGUACGUAAAACUCAGUGCUCUUUUCAGAGUGUCGAGAAUGCCAUUUCCGUACCUCGAUUUAUCUGACCUUCUUUCAAAACUUAUUACCCACUAUGGUGUGAACCGAAUAAUGUGGGGCAGUGACUUCCCAUUCGUAGUACCAGAGUGUGGUUAUAAAGGUGCCAAAGAUGCUCUCUCUCUCAUUGCUGAACAAGUGCCUGUAGCAUCUUCUGAGCUGGAAUGGCUCAUGGGCAGAACAGUCGGGAAGCUCUUCCCAAAUUGCUGGGUCUAAGCAUUCGGUUUAUGAGAACGCCGUGCAACAAAAAAUUUCAGUGCCGUUAGAUAAGGCGAGACAAGAAUUUCAGACGAGGCGCAGAUAGAAAAUGGCUAGGUGUUGUGUUCCAACUUCCCAGGCGAGGAUUUCGUGGUGCUGCGAGGAGUGUUAAAAGGGCAGAGAGUCCAUCCCACUCCCCAUGGGAGGGCUGAUGUGUAUGGUGACCGUUGGUGGAUCACUGCUGUGGUGCCACCACCGUUUAAUUUGCUUCUUUAGGAUCGUUAUGCAAUGACAACUUUAUGUUUUGAAGUUGGUUGGUCUUGUAACUCUAGUUAUUUGAAGUCUCUUUGAAAUACGACUCGCACUACAAUACGUCGGUAAUAGAUGGUUUUGCUCAA